CAACGUCUGGUUUGGAGCACGUUACCUGCCGUAGUGACGUCAUUGAAUGGAAACUGUCACUACUUGCAAGAUGGCCGCCGAACCAAACAAGACUGAAAUUCUUACUCUUUUCAAAAGACUGAGAUCCAUUCCGACAAACAAGGUAUGUUUUGACUGCGCAGCCAAAAACCCCAGUUGGGCGAGUAUUUCCUAUGGGGUCUUCUUGUGCAUUGACUGCUCUGGAAUCCACCGCUCCCUGGGAGUGCACCUCAGUUUCAUCAGAUCCACUGAGCUGGAUUCCAACUGGAACUGGUUUCAGCUUAGAUGUAUGCAGGUUGGGGGCAAUGCCAAUGCAACUGCAUUCUUCCGCCAACAUGGCUGCUCCACUAAUGACACCAAUGCCAAGUAUAAUAGUCGUGCUGCCCAAAUGUACCGAGAGAAGAUUCGUCAGCUAGCGAAUGCUGCAUUGUCAAAGUAUGGAACAGAUCUAUCGAUCGACUCUUCGGGGGGAAGCACUCCAGCAGCACCUGAAAAGAAAGAGACCGACUUUUUUGCAGAACACACACAGUCUGUCAAUGACUGGAGCAUGGCACCAGAAUCAGAGCCAGAGCAGAAUGGAACCACUGUCACCGCACAGCUGAGGGACGCCAUGGCGAAAACCCAAGAAGACAACCAGCCAGAAGAAGGACCAAGCAUCUAUGGUCUGAGCACGUCACCCAAAGCCUCCAUGGAUAUUAAGCCAUCCAUUAUUGGGAAGAAGAAGCCAAUGACUGCCAAAAAAGGAUUAGGUGCAAAGAGAGGCCUUGGUGCCCAGAAGGUCAGCAGUAAUAAUUUUACGGAGGUGGAGAAACAAGCCCAAGUUGCAGAGAAGCUACGAGAGGAACAAGCCGCCGAGGCAAAGAAACAAGCAGAGGAGUCCAUCGUGGCCUCGAUGCGUUUGGCGUACAAAGAGCUGGAGAUCGACAGGAAGCUUGAGGAAAAGAAACUGAAGAACAUGGAGGGCAAAAAGAGGGAGCAGGCUGAGAGACUGGGCAUGGGCUUCGGGAACAGAAGUGCUGUGUCGCAUUCGGUGAUGUCAGAGAUGCAGGUGAUUGAGCAGGAAACCCCAGUGGGAGCAAAGACUUCGUCUCGCUCCAAAUUAGACAUGUUCGAUGAGCCGGGUUUCACCUCUGGACCCCCAAAAUAUAAGGACAACCCUUUUACAGUGGGUGACAGUUUUGGAUCCCGCUGGGAUACAGAGGGGACUGCUUCUUUUACCGCCUCAUGGGCUUUGGAGAAAGAGGAACCCAAAGAGGAGGUCACCAUCUCCAGUAUUCAACCCAUAGGGGAGAGACUUCCCAGCAGAAGAAAAGCUGAGGUGCCUGCUGCAGUGUCUGAGUCAAGUGAAGCCAGGCAGAAGUUUGCUAAUGCAAAGGCAAUCUCUUCCGACAUGUUCUUUGGCCGUGAGAGCAGCCCUGAGUAUGAGGCAAAGACCAAACUCGACAGCAUGUCUGGAAGCACGUCCAUCAGUUCAGCUGACCUGUUUGGAGAUGGCAGUGACCAUAGAGGACGGGCAUCAGGGUUUGACAGUGUGCUCCCCGCCGGUCCAGAUAUCACACAGUUCAAACAAGGAGUGAAGACCGUAGCCGGAAAGAUGGCUGUCCUUGCCAACGGUGUCAUGAAUACCAUCCAGGAUCGCUAUGGCUCCUACUAAGCAGCCUUGAAGUACUCGCACCUGUGGCAAGAAGAAGUACAAAUGAAGACCAGCUCCCUUUUGACAUGUGCUUUUGGGCAGAGAUGUAACCAGAGACAACGGAAGCAGAAAUAGUUUUGCAUGAGGAAAGAAAAUCUUCCUUCUCACUCCCCACAUUUUUAGAGACUGUUUUACAGGAGUGAGUCUGUAUUUUUCUCUCUCAACAUUUAUGAGUUUUUAUUUUCAUAAAGGAAACUCUGUGAGAUUGUCAUUGUCAUCCUUGUUUUGGUCUUAGAUUUUCAAAAUGAUGUCAGAAUAAAUUCUAUAUUUUCUUCCCUGAACAUAGAGCUGUGUUAUAUUGUUAUCAAAAACUUCAUGUUGCUCUUUUGUUUUGUUGUUGUGAUACUAAAAAGUGGUGCAGCCUCAGUUUGAACUAAACUCAAAAAGUUUGCAUUCAGUGUUGGUGUCACUGCUGCUCACGUAAGUGUUUGUCGUUUGACAUGAACCACUGGCAGCCAGCUGUCUCCACCAUUUGUGAGCUAGGAGUUGUAUAUUUUUGUUGGGACAUAAACUAUGAUUAAAAGUUGGAUGCCUUCAAA